AAUUAAUAUUAAAAUCCUAGCUGCUAAUCCAUCUAAUAUUAAAAUCUCUUAGCGUCAGCUCGUUACAUUGGUUGCGCGACCUUACGUUUUUCUUAUAUAAUUUACCGUAUAAAAUAGUGACGCUACAGUAACUUUGGGUAGGAGGAGGAGGAGGAGGAGCGCUCGAAGCCAGCCAGACUGACUUACUGACCUGUGGGCCCAAUCCCCGUCUGAUGUCGUUUUAGCUGCGGUACGGUCGCCACCUGCGGGCACUGCAAUCCCACAGAUCCCGAUCCCCCCAACGCCGCCUCCAUGGCCCGCUCCUCCUCCCAGUCCCAGUCCUCCGUCGGCGGCGCCGGCGCCGGAGCCCGCCCGGCCACCGUCGGCCCGCGCAGCACGGCCGCAGCCGCCGCCAGCACCGGGGGAGGGGGCUUCUCCGGCGGCGGCGGCAGAAACAUGCUGCGCUUCUACACCGACGAGGCCCCGGGCCUGCGCCUCUCGCCCACCAUGGUGCUCGUCAUGUCCCUCUGCUUCAUCGGGUUCGGCACCGCCCCGCCCUCCACGUGGUCGAUCCUGCUCCUGGGCCUUUUGGGCCAACUCUCUCUGCUUCUGGGCCGGCCUGGCCUGGCUGCGUUGAAGGCACGCUACCUCCUGACUAGACGCGGCAAGGAGCAGCGUCGGAUGCAAGCUACUACGGGUUCAGGUCGCGGUAUAAAGCCGCGGCGCAACCGGGGCCCCACCUUUCAUUGAGACAGCAGGCUUUCCCCUUCUCCUCGCCGGAUCCCCUUCGCC